UCUCCCCUCAUCUUCUCUCUUCACCGCACUCUUCUACCGCUUCAUACUCACAACACUCUCUGCAAUUCAGAAUCCUCUCACUAGAAAAAACAACUUUCUCUCUCUAAAAAAAACUCAAAUUAGUUAGCAAUGGCAGGAGCACUCAUCGCCUCAAUCUUCGCUCUCCUCGUCGUCUCCGCCGUUGCUCAAUCCCCUACCGGAGCUCCCGCCGCCUCUCCAAUGUCUCCACCUACCAUGGCGUCACCUCCAAUGGUGAUGGCUACUCCACCAACAACCAUGGCGUCUCCUCCCAUGGUGAUGGCUACUCCACCAACCGCAACCGCCACUCCUCCUAUGACGAUGUCUCCCGCUGCAACUCCCGCUGGUUCUCCAAUGGCUUCACCACCUUCUCCAAUCGCCGCCGCCGAUACCCCCGCCUCUGGUCCAUCUGUUGCCGCCGGUCCCGGUUCCGCCAUGGGUCCCAGUGGUAUGACUCCAGCCAAUGCUCCCACCGCUGACAGCGCAAACGGUGCCGUUUUGAACAGAAUCGCUUUCGGUGGAUCUGCCGCCGUCGUCGUUUUGGCUUCCGUGUUGAUGUUCUAGAUCGAGAGAUAUCUUUUGAUUUAUUAUCUCUUUCUCCACUUAUUAUUUUUCUAGGGUUUUAAAAUUUAGUUUCUCGAUUUGCGUAUAUUUGUUUAUUUUUGUUUAAUUUGACGGUGGCGUUUUGUUGGACGGUGGUGGUUAUUGUUGCGAUGGGCGGUGUAAUUUGAGACUUUAUUUUUACAGCCGAUAUUUCAUUUGUUAUUACUCCCUUUAUUAAUUAUUUAUUAUUGUUAAUUAUAUUACUCA